AAAAAAAGUAGAAUGACCAACAUAGUAUCGAAGGGGUUUACAAAAAUCCAAUCAAUGUUCGGUGGAAUAGCAGAGUGUUAUUUUAAAAAAAACAUUGAGCAUAUUCUAUCAUAUCGUGCCUUUUUAAACUCGUCGAAAAAAGAAUUGGUUGAAAUACUGUCAGAGUAUGUUAAAAAACAUCCGAUAAAAUUCCAUUUAAAAUUAGAAGCAACUUAUCAUAAACCUCUCGUAGAAUAUUCACAUGAAAAUAGAGCAUUUAAGACGUCGGCGCGAGAGGUUUUUUUAGAUACUGACAUCGGUACAUUAAUCGAAGAAAGUUUCGAUCGACUUCUUUUUGAGGAAGAAAGUUACUUAGGUAAAGGAUCGGGAUUUUCUUUGUCAUGUAUCGAUGGGUUGCUUCUAUGGGUGUGUGAAUACUUCCCUUUAGGAUCGCCAUAGUUUAAAAAAAUCUUCAUCAUUCACACCGUUGCCGCCAUUUAUUUUGAACAAGCGAGCUGUUAUUAACCCUAUUAAUAAUGAUCGUUUAUCGUUCAAGUGGGCAAUAUUGGCAAAGCA